GUGACUGUCAUCACGUGACACAAAGUUAGCAUAUUGAGCCUUAUCCCUUCUACUGUACUACUCUUGCCAUUUUUUUUUAUCAGCUACCAAAUUAGGUGUAAUCACGACUGAUUAGAUUCGAUCAUGCAUAAUAUUGUAAAUAUAAGAUAAAAUUAAGGUUAAUCAGGUCUAAUAAGUUUAAUUUAAAAAUUAAAGCGUAUUAAACACACUCUAUAUACCUAAAAAUACCCUUUUCUUAAAAUAAAAAAAAAGGUAGAAAAUAUAUGCAUAAAUAAAUAAAAAAGAAAAAAGAAAGAAGAAAAAAAAAAGGAAAAAAACUCAAAAACAUUCAAGCGCGUUUACUCCAUUUGACUAAAAUCUCAAUUACCUUAAAAAAAAUGUGAUUACUUUCUUCAACAAAAACAACUUCAAAAAAAAACAAGAAACUAAUUAAACUGAGAAUACAAGUGUGAAUCAAAAACCCCAUUCUCUUAUAAAACCCUUCCACAUUCUUCCAGUUUCCCUCUUCCUUUUUUUUCUUUAUUCUUCUUGAUUUGAUAAUCACUGUUUAUAAAGUAAUCACAGUAACUAAUUUGUGAUACUAUUAAUUUUCCACAAUCAAUUAUUGGGCUUUAUUUUAAGCAAUUUUUAGCAUUUAAUUUGAUGGGGUUUUCAUAAAUUGAGAGUUAUUAUUCUUAAAGAACAUCUAUUUUUCAAUGGGAUCUUCAAUUUCAAGUUGAAAUCUUUAUUUCUGAGUAUUUUUAAAAAGAGAAUUUCAUGGUAUAUUUGAAUAGUAACUAUUUUAACAUUAAUUAUAAUAAUAAUUUCUGGUUGUAGUAGCUUUUUUUUCAUUUGAAGGCUGCUUAAAUUCAAAUUUGUGGAGGUUGAGACUUGAAAUGUUCUACAAAGCUAUGAGAUUCGGCAGAUUGAAUUCUUUCUUGUUCUUGCUCUUAUCAUCACAGAUUGCACCAUUGACAGUUAAUGCUUUUACUGGAACUUAUGGAAUUAAUUAUGGGAGAAUUGCUGACAAUAUCCCAACGCCCGACAAAGUUGUUCAGCUUUUGAGAGCUGCAAAGAUACGGAAUGUUAGAAUAUUUGACUUUGAUCACAGCGUGCUUCAGGCUUUCAGCGGGACUGGGCUUGAGUUGGUUGUCGGACUUCCAAAUGGUUACCUCAAAGACAUGAGUGACAAUGCAGACCAUGCACUUAGCUGGGUCAAAGACAACAUACAACAAUUUUAUCCUCAGACUCGUAUUGUUGGUAUUGCCAUUGGAAAUGAAGUACUAGGGAAUGAUCAGGACCUCUCGGAAAGUCUUUUAGGUGCAGCGAAGAAUAUUUAUAAUGCAACAAAAAGUCUCCAUCUUGAUCAUAAAAUUCAAAUUACCACAUCCCAUAGUUUCGGUGUUUUUGAUAAUUCUUACCCUCCAUCCAAUUGUACGUUUAGAGAUAAUGUGAAACAGCAAUUCAUGGUGCCACUUUUGAACUUCUUUCAACAGAUUGGAUCACCUUUUUGCCUAAAUGCUUAUCCUUUCCUCACCUACAUGAGUGAUCCAAAACACAUUGAUGUAAAAUAUGCUCUUUUUCAGAAAAAUCCUGGCAUUGUUGACUCCCAAACAAAACUCCACUAUGACAAUCUGCUUGAUGCUCAGAUUGAUGCAGCUUAUGCUGCUCUAGAAGAUGCGGGUUUCAAGAAGAUGGAGGUAAUAAUUACUGAGACUGGUUGGGCAUCUCAUGGGGAUCCAAGUGAAGCUGUUGCUACUCCAGAAAAUGCAAAGACCUAUAAUUACAACCUGCGGAAGAGGCUAGCUUUGAGGAAGGGGACUCCAAUGAGGCCAAAAAUCAUGCUUAAAGCUUAUGUGUUUGCAAUGUUCAAUGAGGAUGACAAGCCUGGGCCAGCUUCCGAGAGGAAUUUCGGGCUUUGGAAACCUGAUGGUAGCAUCUCGUAUGAUGUUGGUUUUCCUGCAUUAAAGUCAUCUGCAGUAUCUGCAUCACCUUUCUCAAUAAAGGAUAUACGAGCUCAAGGUUGGUUGACACCAUACUCCACCGUUUUUACUACCUCCAUGAUGAUAUUGUUUCUGCUCUUGAGAUCAUGAUAAAGCUACAGCGUGAAAUUUUAUUCAGGAUUUAAACAAGUAGCAGGUACUUUUUCGAUUAUUCAGUAACUAAUCUGUUGUGCUGAUUAAAACAUGUUUAAGCAUGUUUCCAGCAGCCACAGAUGAUUUUUGUAACUAUUAAAACACAUGCUAGAUGAAGCUGAUAAUAUUUGUUACGUUCAGCAGUAUAUAUCAUUUUCCAAUUAGCAAAUAAAAUCUCCUCUUCUGCUUUGUGAAGAAUCGACAAAUGCUUUUAAAGUUUUUAACCAUCAGAUGGUGCUUACCAUUGUUUAGCAUUCA